AUGGUGCGCCCGAGGGGUCUCUCCAACUCCUCCUCCGUCUCCUCGGUUCCCGACCAGGAUCAGGAACUGGGGAGUAUGUAUGAUUACCUGGCUAAGGUGAUCUUGCUGGGUCCUAGUGGUGCAGGAAAGUCCUGUGUGCUACACCGUUUCGUGAAGAAUGAAUGGCGAGUCCUCUCCUCACAAACCAUCGGCGUCGAAUUCUCCUCCCGCAUCGUCAAGCUCGGCACGGGCUCUCGUCGCCGGCGCAUCAAGCUCCAACUCUGGGAUACAGCCGGCACCGAGCGCUUCCGAUCCGUAUCUCGUUCCUAUUACCGCGGCGCUGCCGGCGCAAUCCUCGUCUACGAUGUCUCCUCCUACGCCUCUUUCGCCGCACUCCCAACCUUCCUGAUGGAUGCGCGCGCACUCGCUUCGCCAAAUUUGACCGUCUUGCUAGCUGGGAAUAAAGCGGAUCUAGCAGAUGCGACCGCUUCAUCUGACUACCACGACGAUGCACACCGGCCCCCGCCGACUCCGUCGAGUACCUCGAGUAAACAAUCGUUUCUCCCCUUUGACGCAACCGGUUCCGUGCGCUCUACGACAUACCUAGGUCCCGGGACGAGAAUGACUGCCUCGUUCGCCGAAGGUCGCGAGGUUAGUAAGGAUGAUACCGCGCGCUGGGCCGCGCAGUCGAAUAUCCCCGUUGCGGUUGAGAUUUCCGCUUUAACGGGUGAAGGUGUGGAAGAGGUGUUUCAACGGCUAGCCCGUAUUAUUCUGACCAAGAUUGAGCUUGGUGAAAUCGAUCCGGAUGACCCGCAGAGCGGGAUUCAGUAUGGAGAUGGUGGCAUGUAUGGUCACGGUGCGAGCGAUGCUUCGAGUAUCCGCAGUCGGGCCACGCUAGAUGAGAAUGCGUUGUCGUUGCAUCGACCAUCCAGGAGACGAGGCAGGCCGAGCUCGGGUUGGAAGGGCGGCAUGAGAGAGUGGGAGGAUGUAUUCCGACUAAGUGGUUCGUCGUCGAGGAGGAAUCGGGGGUGCUGUUAG